AUGAAUUACGGAGUGGCACAAGACCCUAAAACAAUUCCAGAACCUUAUUCCCAAGGGAAUAAAGGUAAAAGGAACAAAAUAACAAUGUCUCACGGGUCUAUGAAGGACCAGACCCUGAUGUGGCAGCAAAAUUCAUACAUGGGAGACUCCGGAAUAAAUUCAGGAGUGACCACACAAGCUCCUUCGCUGACCGGUAAAGAAGAAGAAAUGGAGGAGCAAUUGAUUAUUCUUAAAUCUGAAUCGAUAAAUAGGAUAAAAAGAUAG